AUGUUCAUUCUGAUGAUCAGCUAUACCCUAAGUAUUUCGGCGCUGGUGAAAAUUCCUGCAUUAAAUGAGUGGUCAGGAUGUAAAAUGGAGACUUGUCUGAGAAACAUGUACAGAACACGCAACUUCUUCACGGUCACUGUGUACGCCUUCACACUAGUUGUUUUCUUCUCUACAGGUGAGCCCAAAAAUCAUGCGAAUUUGUGCGCCGGUCUAUUAAUAAACCAAGACCAAUGCUUUUUCCAACGUAAUUAUCCGGAAAUGAUGCGAAUUCUUGCAAUCGUUCGAUGCACUCUGAUGCUGCGAAUCAUCGUCGAUCCAAUACUGUCUUUCGCAACCGAUCUCCAGAUACGCCGCAUAUUCUUGACGAUAAUUGGCUUGAAACAAGCGAUGGCCUAUGGUUCGUCACGAGUAUUCGAAAAGUCGUCAGAUGGUUCUGGCGGAGAAGUGGGAAACGGGAUAAGUCGCGCUUCUCGCAGCCAAACAGCAUCUACCAUAGGUUCUAAUCUCCCAUCAACAGUGAAACUUUAG